AUGCAGGUAGUUAGUGAUUCUCAAAGGAGGCCAUCCAAAGGUCGACUAAAGAUCGAAAAGCGUAUUAUAGAUUUUGUCCAUUUAUGUACGUCUGCGCAAUUAGUAAUGAUAUUUUAUUUCAUUGUUAAACUUUUCCUGGCUGUCAAUUGUACUUUUGAUCAUUCCAUAUUCAUUACGAACGAGUUCGCCCUCAACCCUGUCUUGAAAUAUAAGACCAAAUCCUGCACGUACUCCACCGUGAGAGAUUUUAACGCCUUUAAUGGCAUCACUCUAACGCUUGACGCCUCAAAUGUCGACAUCAUUUUUGCGGAUCAUGUGUUUGAGAUGAAAUCUAUACUCAUUUUAAGCCUACUUACCGUGUUUUUUGGUAUUUUGAACCGGAUUUUUAUUGAUAUCAAUUUCUUCUCGCUCAAAAUUCGAAACAUGGAUCUCCAAAAGGACAUUUUCUCCGCGACGGAGCUUCUUUUACUGACGUAUUUGGUACAGUCCACGUACUUUUCACGAUCUCGAUCCUCCCUACUUCGGGACUAUCUCAGCCAUUGUGGGGUCACCUCGAUGAAAUAUCUCCCGUGGGUUUCGGUGAAUGGGCUAUUUAUCGUCGCCUCGGUGGGGUAUUUGACCUAUCUUAUCACACUUAUCAUUUAUUUGCGAAAUACCUUGCCCAAAUACGGCAUUAUGACCCCGGAUGAGAUCGAGGAAUACAAAGCCUGGCUGCGCCUCCGCAAGGCGGAGUCUGAGCAGGCGCGGGUUUUCAUCGAACAGGCCAAAAUGGCCCACGCUCGGAUGUUUUAUUUGCGCAAUCGAACGCUGCCGAUUGAAUCAUCGGGUUUACACGGCAGCAUUUCGCAUCAGGCGAUACCAACGCCGAUGAAUAUGCUGCAUUUAACUACCCAAAAUACAAGCCUGGCGGAAGCAGGUCUGGGGAACCCUUGUUAUGAUAUUUAUUCUAACAUGAGCUCGGCCCAAAAUCUACCCCCACCGCAAAUGUUUGGUGGCCAACCCGAGCUCCAAAAUCACGCGAAUACGUCGCGUAUGUCGUAUAUGAACCUGCCACGAUAA